ACAUCACGUGAUUGAACACCAUUUCUCGAUUUUCAAGAUGUAAACAUUGUUACUUUCUGGAAAAUUGGAUCAAAGACAUCAAAUGAUAUAGGAAUAUAUUUUUAUAGAGUAGUCAUGCCUUAUGAUACUUAUGUUCCGUACCAUGUGACCAGGUUGUAUGUUUUUACAGUGGUGAACUUGAUUUUGAUGUUCCAUGCAUCAUAUGUUAAUUGUGAUGUUGUUGUCUUGGACAAACAUGAGAAUAGUACAGCAGGAAUCCAUUUCCCUGAUGAACCUGCACAGUUUGGUUCAGAUAUACCUGAGGACGGUCUAACAGGAUACUUGAUAUAUUUGAAACCAUCACCAAGUAACUCCUGUGUACAUUAUGAACCAAAACCACAACAAUUCACAAUUGAUCAGCCAUGGAUCGCUCUUAUGGCAAGAGCAGGAUGUAAAUUUGAUCAGAUGGUGCUUGCUGCACAAAGACUUGGCUACAGUGGUGUUAUUGUACAUAAUUAUAAAUCAGAAGGAGAAAAAAGGGAAAAAAUGAAAGGAGGAAAAGAUGCAAAUCAAGUACACAUUCCAUCAGUUUUUGUUGGUUACUAUGAUGGGGAUAAUUUAGGGAAAUAUUAUGUGUUUAAUGCCUCAGAUGGCAGGUAUCUUGUAAAGAUAGAUAAAGAAGGGUUUGACUUUAAACCCUAUUUGUUAUGGCCAUUUGCUAUAGUUGUUGGUACCUGUUUUGUGUUAAUGUUAAUAUUUAUGCUUGUUAGAUUUUGUCGUGAUCUACACAAGAAGAGGAAGUCCAGGCUCUCAACUAAACAUCUGAAAAAGAUUCCCAUCAAAAAGUUUAAAAAAGGUGAUGUGUAUGAUGUAUGUGCAAUUUGUUUGGAUGAUUAUGAAGAGGGAGAAAAAUUACGGGUCCUGCCAUGUGCUCAUGUGUACCACAUUAAGUGUAUAGAUCCUUGGCUAACUAAGAGAAAAAAGACAUGUCCUGUAUGUAAACGUAAAGUUAUACCGGGGAGUAAUCCCGACUCAGAUUCAUCAGAUGAGGACACAGAGAACGAGUCAUCAAAUGAACGCACUCCAUUAUUGAUAAGCAACAAUAAUCAAGUAAUGACUACACCAAGAAGAUCUACUUUUGAUAAUUCUGGGUUACCUGAAGCUGUAAGACAAGAAGUGACUACCGUUCAUGUACGUACUCACAGAAUAGAGGAUUCUGAUUCGGACUCGGAUGAUAAUUCACUUUACCAUACAGUUGGAGAAAGCCCAGAGGAACAUUCUAGACCAAAUACUGGAGCCAUUAAUAUCACCUAUGAAAGUUCAAGUGAGGAAUCUGAUGAAGAGAGUGACGAGGAAGAUCAUGAUCAAGAAGAACAUGCUGAAAGGGGUUCUAAUGGGGAACAUAGUGCUGAGGGUGCUAAUGGAAACGCUGUUGUUGUUGUCAUCAACAAUGAAAAAUCAGAUAAAACUGUGAACCAUGUUGUUUGAAUAUGAUAUUUAGAAGUGGUUUUGUUUUAUUUCAUUUUAUUCCAAUUUUGAUGUGAUACUCCAUGUUAAAAUGUUAGAAAUAUUUUGUAUAAUUUAUUUAUUUAUUAAUGUAUAUUAAAUUUAUGUUUAUGCAUCAUAUAGAUCACUUGCUACUAUUUUGUGCUAUUAUUUAAGCAAGUUCAUUUAUUCUUUUAAUCUGUCAAAUAAAUUCAAUACUGGUAAUUAAUAAAGUUAAAAUUUGGUCCUCAGUUAGCAUUUUCCUAGCAUAUAUUUUUUGUUAGAGAUAUUGCUCUUAUUCUUAUUUUGUAAAGAAUUGUGAAAUUAAUUUUCUGAAUCGGAUGAAAAGUCUUGGACCAUUUUAAUAGAUCUAGUUUAUAUAAAGCUAUUGUUGUCUUGAUACAAUACAAACAUGCUCAUAUCUUAUGGAUUUUAGAACAGAAACUUUGUAGGAUUACAACCUCUUUACAGAUAAAUAAUUAAGCUUGUAGAGGCACUUGUUUUUAUUGUUAUGGCUCUAGUUCAUGUUUGUUAUUAAUUUUUUUACUUUAAGAAGAUAUGAUAAUCCUUAUGAAUUUUUUGUAAGAGUUGAUCCCUUUUCAAUUUUAGUCAUUAUUUAUCCUUUCGCAGAACUAUAUUUCAUAGUGAUUCUUCAUAUUGGAGUUACUAGGUUUGAUUGAAAAGGCAAAUGCUCUUUAAACAGAACUAGUUCUAAUAUGUUAUGAUGUCAUAGUAAGAGAUCAGCCUCUAUUUUGUAAAUAGUCAAGAUCAAAGUUCAUGUGACCAAAAAGUAUGGUUAUUCUAAUGAUGUCACAGCUAAUAGCCAUAUUCUAUUAUUUGACGAAAGCUCACAAGAAAUAAUGAUAUAUAUGCAGCAGUGAUAAAUAUUUUGUAGAUAAAAUUUUCAUUUUCAAAAAUGUUUUAACUUUAAUUACAAUAGUUGUAUAUAUGUAAUAUAUGAUAUAAUCCAUACCUUUAUAACCAUGAUAAAUAGUUCUACAGUUUUAUGUUACAUUUCCUGCAGUUGUUAAUGACUAAUAUGUAAGAAUUAAAGUUUUUUGUAAUAGUGUGAUAUUUUGAUAUGUGUAUUUAUCUUUGGUAGUUGUUUCACUGAUUAGGACUUGUAAUGACUGUUGUGCAUACCUGCCAACCUCUGAAACCUUAGAUCUCCCCCUCAGCUAUGACAGGGAGACUCCCUCUCAAAACGGGAGGGUUGGCAGGUAUGGUUGUAGUUUUUGUUACAUUGAUUGUUGGGACAGGGCAUUAUAGUUACAUUUGUGAUUUGAUAAUAAGCUUAUAUUCAUCAUCAUAUACUAUGCUAUUUACUAAUAGUUCUGUCAAUGACAAUAAUCAUUAUAACAAAUACUCAAAAUGAGAAAAACACCAAUAUUUUAUUGGCUCCAUUAAUAUUAGAAUUAAAAGUUGUUAUCAAUCCUAAAGAUAACUUAUAUAUUAUUUUGGGUUAGAAAUAAGGUUUACAUGCAGUUUUCCUACCAUUUUCAUGCAGAAGCAGGAAAAAUUUAGAGGUUUGAAAAAAUAAGAACAGGUAUCAUAAAUUAAAUGAAUACAACUUGAUUCAAAACCUAAUUCAGUCGGGAUUUUGUCUAUUGGAUUUACUUAUCUCUUGGUCAAGUCAAUAAUCUGCAUGUGAAAAGUUGUCAUUAGGAUGAAGAAACAUACAGACCUAUUAAAAAAUUAGGAAAAAAAACACAAUGUGUGUUUAUGGUUACCCGACUGACACAUUUUUCAUUACAUUGAACCUUUGUCUCAAUAUGAAAAUGAAUGUCAGUUAUCUUUCUGGGCACAAAACAAUAUGGUUUUGCACAGAAUUAGAAAUAUUGGGUGAAACAAUAAAUCAUAUUGAUAUAAAGUUACAACAAACAGUCAAGAUUACAUAUUAUGAUCUUGUGAUAACUUUUCCUUGAAAAGAAUAAAAUGAAAAAUAAGGAAAAUUGAAAUGUAGAUUCCAUAAGACCGAUUUGUAUUUAUAUUUUUUUACUUAAUUGCCCUGCCAUACAACUUAGAUAUUGUUUUCUUUGAUUUAGAUAAUUGGACUAUUUAAUGUUUGAAUACAUUAGAAAAUGAUUAAAUUCAUUUAUUUAAAGUGUCAUAAUCUAGGAAAAUUCAUUUUUGUACAAUUUUCAGUCUAACAAAAAUCUUUAUUAUGAAAACUAAUUUAUUUGGAAUUGAAACUUAUUUGAUAUUUUGAAUAUGUUCAUGCUGUGCAGUUUUAUAAUUUUGCUUAAGCGGUAAAUAAUGCUUUGAUUAUACCUUUUUUACUGUAAUCGAUUACUAGUGUUAUUCUCAGAACUUCUAUAAAACAAUUUUAUACAUUCUAGUCCUUAAAUUAAAUUUGUAAAUAAAAUAUUAUGAUUACUGUUAAAUUAUUUUAUUUUGUGGUUAUCAAUAUUUGUGAGCAAAAAUGCAUUUUUCUAAUUGUGUCUUAGGUAUUUGCUUUAAAAUGAAAAAAAAAAAAAAACCCCAACUAUUUUUUUUUAAUUUUGGUGCUUUCUAAGUCUCUGGAUUUACCUACAUUAGGAAUGCUCAAACAAAACAAAAAAUUGAAGGCCAAGGAUGUAUAACUACUUGAAUAUUUGAUGAGCAAUAUGACCAAAAUGACCCCAAUAGAAUAGCCAAAUUCUUCUAAGGUCAAGUUUUCCUAAGGCAGUUGGAACACUUUUUUAGUCCCCUACCGACGAAGUCGAAGGGGACUUUAGGUUUACACUCUGUCUGUCUGUCUGUCUGUCCAUCCAUCCGUCUGUCCAUCCAUCAGUCAGGCAAAUCAACUUUCCACACUUUUUUUCUUCGUUCUUGAAGAUAUUGAUUUGAUAUUUAGUAUAUAGUUUUGCCAUGACAAGUUAUAGAUCAAGUUCGAAUUUUGUUCCGGUCUGAUGAUUUAGUCCAAAGUUAUGGACCAUAACUCUGGACCAUAUCUAAUGUUAGAGUACUAUGUUAAACCAUAUUUCUGUACAAAGGGAGAUAACUCAUUUUUUAAAAGACAUUCUUUGGUAAAUUAUUUGAAGAAUUUUUUGGCAGGUUUGUUUGUUAUUUUGUAUAAACUAAUUUUCUGAAUGCUUUAUAUAUAUAAAAAAAAUAAUAAAGGGAAAUCCUUUAAUUAGAUAAUAAUCUAUUUUUAUUAAUGUAUAUAUUACAUUACAUUGUGUAGAUAAAAAUUGUUGACAUUUUAUAGAUAAGUUACAAAUCUAUAUUAGUUUGUGACAAAUAAAAGAAUAAAUAUUUGGAACUAUUAAUUAUAUUUGAUUAUAAUUUGAAAAUAGAUAUACACUGUAUUACAUCAUAUCUAAUUUUAGUGAACUUUUAAUCAUAUCUAAUGUUAAAGUGUUUUCCACACUUUUUUUCAUCAUGCUUGAAGAUAUUGAUUGAUAAUUGGUAUAUAGUUUUAUCAUGACAAGUUAUACAGAUCAAGUUCGAAAUUUUGUUUCGGUCUGAUAAUUUUGUGCAGAGUUAUGGUCCUUGGACUUGAAAAAUUCACUCAUUUAAUCAGUUUUCCACACUGUUUUUAGUCAUGCUUGAAGAUAUUGACUUGAUAUUUUCUUUUUGUUUACACCAUGACAAGUUCUAUAACUGUUAUAGAACAAGUUAGCUUUUUGUUCCAGUAUAAUGAAUUUUUACCCGGUAGGGGACUAUGUAUUGCCAUGCAAUACUCUCAGAAUGCUUGUUCUUAAUAAUUUCUAAAUUUAUCAAUGAAGAAUUUAUGAAACGUAUGCUAUAAAUCAUGUCAAUCUCAAAGCACUGACUACUGAGCUGAUGAAUAUAUAUUAAAGGCUUCAAACUUCCUGCAUUUCAGUGCUAAGUGUUUUAUAUAGUAAACUGAAAAAGUUGUAAAGGAUGAACUAUCUUAGUUAAUGAAGUGAUAAGUGAUUGUAUAUAUAUUUAAUAGUUGUAUCAAAGUCAAAUUACUCUUUAAUCUCACAUUUUUUUGGUUUUUUUUUUAUUAUUGAACCUUAUAAGAGAACCAUUAACUAAUCUCUUCUACUGUUAGCAUCAAGCCUGUGGAUAUACAAUACUAAAAUCUAUCCAAGAUUUAAUUCAAGGAAGUUCUUGAUGAGGAAUUGUUUAUAAACAAAUAUAAAUGUAUGUAUUUGGUCAUUGUAAUAUUUCAGGAAUUCUGUUUAACUGAAAAAGUGUCUUAAAAUAAUCCUAUUUAUACCAGAUUACUGUUAAUGAUUUAUGCAAUAAAGAUAAAAAAAUA